AUGUCUUCUCCUCAAUGCUCAUCGGAAUCGACAUACGAGGCAUUCAGCUGCCCCCCAAGUACGGAUGAUAACGAAUAUAUUCUUAAUGUGCCAAUCACAUUGACAUGUCAAGAUGGUACAAAAUUGUACGAAACCUGGGACCGUCGCCUUCUUUUGGAGAUAAUUCGUCGUGACGACGUUACAUCUCUGGAGCGGUACCUCGCCAUUGACCCUCAAGCGGCCGGAAAUGAGUCUGAGGAAUCUCUCGCGUACUACUCUCCCUUCUACGCCACAGUCGAUAACGGAAGCCUUGGAGCACUCCGAAUCCUUCUGUCUCAUCAGGAAACAAUUACUGUAGCACCUGGAUUUGUCAGCUAUAAAGAACUCGGAUUCACCCUGCUCAAUGAGGCCGCACGAAGAGCUGAUAUAGAGAUGGUACAAUUCUUGCUCGACAAUCAGCCAGCUUAUGCUGAUAUCAACGAGCGUGAUUCCUAUGGCUGCACCGCCAUUUUGGCAGCUGCUGACAUCUAUGCAACCAUGUCUGGAGAACCUUUCGACCGGCAACCGUCGACCCAGAAAGCCGAGACCGUCAUGAACAUGUUGUUAGAUCGGGGUGCUUCUGCUUCCGAUGUCAUUGUACCUUUGUGGAAUCAUACGGGUACACCUGAAACUGUUCUGACAUUGGCUGCACGAUGGGCAGGCCCAGAAUUGAUCAAGAAACUUAUCGAAGGCGGCGCUGAUGUUCAUGCAAAGAUCGCGGGAGAUCCUUUUUGUGUGACGUGGGACUUUGGCCUUGGUCCCGUUUCCAACAUGAGUGCGAUUUCCAUGGCAUCCUUCCAUGCCAACAUCGCUGGCAUACGGACUUUCAUCGACUGUCGAGGUAGUGUAGUUGAGAUUGCAGACAUGAUAUCAUUUCGAGACAGUAGUGGUAGCAAUCCAUUACAUUGGUUGACUCGCAACUAUAUGGCUCAAGAACAGCCCUACAUUCAGUCAACGGCACAACAAGAACACAAGAUUAAAGACAUUAUCGACACCGCCGGCCUAUUGUUAGACAUCGACCCUCACGCAAUCAACAACCGGGACUGUACAGGAAACAUGCCAUUGCAUUAUGCUGUACAACACCCUGCUCAGCGAUACGAAAGCUAUACUGAUGUUUUUGAAUUGCUUUGCAAACACGGUGCUGACGCAAGCAUCAGAAAUGAUAUGGAAAAGACGCCGCUACACAUCCUGGUCACCUACCCUAUCGUAUCUCCGAGAGCUAUGAGUAUUCUACUUGCCCAUGGCGCCAGUGUCACGGACACUGACAAGGAGGGAAACUCACCUUUACAUCUGGCAGUAGCUGCAAGAAGUAAUGUGGACGUGAUUUCCUUUUUGCUGGAACAAGGAGCCGACGCCAAUUUGAUGAACAUGGAGCACAACACGCCCCUUCACGUUGCUGCUCUACAUUCCCUUUGGAUUAAAAAUCCAGACGACAAGACAAAUAAGCAUCAAGAACAUGUCAGGGUAAUUUUAGAAGAGGCUGCAGGGAAAACAGGGAUCGAUAUGCUGAAUGGUAAUGGAAAGACGGCGCAACAAGAACGCAAGGAGCUGAUGGAAUUGAGGCGAAAAGAAGAGAUUGAAAGGGAGGCGGCGUCCCGAGAGAGACAGGCCCAGGAAAUGAGGAAUCGCAGUGGUUAA